AUGGCACCUCCAUACUCCAGUUCCCAGGCCGCCUUGACCGGUUAUACUCCCUCCUUCCUGUCGCUGCAGGACCAGAACCCUCCACUCUCCGCCUACUCCAUCCUAGGGACCGGACAAUACCCCGAUAGUGUCGCAUAUUGGCACAAUCCAUCCGCGCAACCCCAGCCGCCGCUACCUCCCGCCGCCGUCGCCGCCUCCUAUCCGUCCGUGCCCCCCAAGGCUCAGUCGCUCCUUCAACCCACUUCUGAUCAGAAGAAGCAUAAGCGCACUCGCAGUGGCUGUUUCACCUGUCGAUCCCGUCGCAUCAAGUGCGACGAAGCACGUCCCGUCUGCGACAGAUGUCGGAAGGGUAACCGCGACUGCGUCUAUCCGUCAGCCACAGGUGCAUCCAAGUCAGGAACCCGUAGUGUGUCCAAGCCCAGAGGAUCACUGUUGCGUGGGAGUGAGACUUCCGGUCACCCGGGAUCCGAGGACUUCCGCGUCUUGGAGCCCAUCGCCGACGAGGAUGAAGAUGGAACUAGUGUCGGGUCAAGUACCCGACUGUCCCCAACAGCCGCACCCACAUGGUCCAAACCCAACCUCCCCAGGAGACAAAGUGGUCAGUCUUUGAAGCAGCAGGGUGGAAAGCAUGCUGUUGCGACCGACUCGGGUGGUGCACGAAUCGAGCAUAGUAAUUCGCCGUCCCCGUCCUCGGAUACGUCAUCAAGAUACGACUCGCUAAGCGCUCGGUCGGCCAGCGUCGGUGUCACCCUGCCCGAACCAUACGGAUCCACUCUGCCCAGUAUAGCACAUCUGCCCGACGACCUGCGAUUUUAUCUCAACUACCACCAAGAGUUCAUCACGUACCGUCAUUAUUUCUUAAAGCCGGUCAAUGACCGGUUCGUUCAUCAGAGUAUCAUUGAGCUGGCGUUGCAGUAUGAUCCCCUGCUGUAUGCCGUGGUGGGGUUUUCUGCAUAUCACCACUGUGUUCAAAAUAACAGUGGGAAGCUUUACACCUUUUUGAAAUAUUACAACUUCGCGUUGAAGCUCCUGCGCAAGUCCCUAGGCUCAGGUGAGCCGCAUAAUGAGGCGACCCUGAUCACGGUGCUUGUUCUCACCACUUUCGAGGAAUCCGUUGGGGACUGGGUCAACCUUAUUGGCCACCAUCAGGCUGCCCAUGCUUUGGUGCGGGAGAUUCUAACGCCAGAGUCUGCCAAUUUGAACGAGCUUCACAGCAACAUCUUCGUCUGGUACGCCCGGUUCGACGUGGUAGCAGGGAUCUUGGCCGGAAAUGAGACGAUACUAAGUCGUGACUGGUAUAUUGCGAAAGAGGAGUAUGAUGCUCAGGAGGCCGCCCGCAAUCCAAACGAUGCCAUGAAGCAAUUGGCGUUGGCAAAUUCGAUCAACCGCCGGUUUGGCUUGGAAAUGGCGUCGCUGUAUGCGAAGUUGUCGCGUGGACUGAUUCCUGUGAAUGAGUUUAUCGUCCAGAACGAACUGUUGGGACAGACCUUGGAAAGGGUACGGACCAUCCUGGAAUCGUUCAACGACUCUGAAUACACCGUGCAGGAGUACCCCAAUCGCGUCCCCUUGACCUCAGACGAUGUCGUGGAUCCGUAUGUUCCUGGGGGGAUGCACCACGGGCCCUUGUGGGAAGUCAACAUGACGUGGGUUGACUACUACUCCACCAAGGCUAUGUACAAGUAUCAGUCACUUCUUUCGGUGAAGCAAUCAUCGGUGGAAGAACUGCAAUCCCUUUCGGUAGAGCUGGUCCGGCUGAUGGAGGCGGUUGAUCGAUGGCCGAUGAAGGAAAGCGGAUGCAUCUUGGCGUUCAAGAACAGCAUCGGGAUGGCAGCCAUGUUCUGUCCUCGCGACGAACGGUACAUAAUGUGGGCGCGGAGGAAGUUCGCUCAGCUGGAGCAAAGCGGAUACGUCGUUGCAGCCACAUUCCGGGCGGCACUGGCAGCCUCGUGGCAAAAACCCGAAGUCAAUCGCUGGUGGUUGCCAGACGAUGAAGGAUACCCGAGCAUCAUCCGGGAAGUGCGAGCGAUGACGGAAGAACGCACGAGCCACCCUCAAGAUAACUUCCGCGAGGAUGUCAGCCAUAUGAAGACGCUGUUUUGGAACAUCAGCCUGGACGACACCUCCAGUGAGGGGAGUCCCGCAUCGGUGAACACGGAAGGUCGAUCAUGA